AUGCUGCUGAAGAUGCCCCAGAAGCUGCUGAAAACUGCCCACUACAUAGAGCUGGGCAGUUACCAGCACUGGCCUGUGCUGCUGCCCCAGAGGAUACGGCUGUACACCUAUGAGCAAAUCCCCAUCUUCCUUAAAGAAAAUCCCUACAUCACAGAUGGAUACAGGGCUCACCUGACCUCCAGACUCUGCCUGAAGAGUAUUUUUAUUCUGUCCAAUGAGACAGUGAAUAUCUGGAGCCACCUUCUGGGUUUCAUCCUGUUUUUCUUCCUGGGGCUCAAUGACCUGUCGGCGGUCCUGCCAGCUGCAGGCGCAAACAGAGAGGACUACAUCAUCUACGCUAUAGGGUUGUUCUGCUUCCAGGUAACAGUUAGUUAUUCGUCUGUUUGCAUGUUGUGUUCAGUGGGGUAUCAUCUUUUCUCAUGCCACCGGUCAGAAAAAACGUGCCGUCGCUGGCUGUCCUUGGACUACGCAGGCAUUUCUGUCGGCAUCCUGGGCUGUUAUGUUCCUGGGAUCUUCUAUGCUUUCUACUGUAACGCUUUCUGGCGGCAGGUUUACCUCCUGACCGUGCUCUCCCUGAUUCUGGCCGUGUUCUGCGCUCAGGUCCACCCUCAUUACCUCAGCAACGACUGGAAAGUGAUCAGGAUGGCAAUCUUCUUCUGCGUGGCGGGCAUCAGUGUGAUUCCUGCGUGCCACUGGGUGUGGCUGAGUAAAGGUUUCACUUCUGAAGUCGUGCAGCUCUUCCUCCCUCGUGUGAUAGGGAUGUACCUGAUAGCUGGAUUUGCAUUCCUGUUCUACGUCACCAAAAUCCCUGAACGAUAUUUCCCGGGCCAGGUGAACUACGUUGGUGCCAGCCACCAGCUGUGGCACCUCCUGGUGGUGCUGAUGUUUUACUGGUGGCAUCAGACCGCCGUGCUCAUCAUGCGCUUCAGACACAGCCAGCCGUGUCCCAGUCAGACCAGCAGCAGCUAAGUGGACCCCAGCACAACAAAAGCAUCA